CACUGGGCCUCCACUGCCGCAUGGGGGCUUGCUGAACCUGAGUGACGCUUGCCUAUGAGUCGGAGGGCGGUCCGUGCCAGGUGAGGUGACGGGAGCUACUACAGGAGACUGGACGUCGGUGUCGUCCCAGGACUGGAAGUUAAGCUACGUGCAUAUAUGCACGCCAGGUAGUGAAUGUAUGGGCCACCCUGCCCAAAUGCAGCCCACCCCCCCAUGUUGGGUGCUGCUCGACGCGCAAACAGUACUAGCGCUCGACUGCCAGACACAGCUGAAGUUUGUUUCUAGAUGUGUCGCUGCAGACAGGCGGUCUGAUUGCGUCGCCGCGACCUAUCUCGGAGAGCGCACCUGGAAGGAUUGGUGCGCAUCUCGGUCAACGCCGAAUUGGAUCCGUGCUGCUUGUCAAGAGCCUAGACAUCGCGUCCGCAUAGGGCAGUGUCAUGAGCAUGCUCUCCUAGAUGCUAUCUCACGAAGUAGCAGGGCUACUAGCUACCAGAGCCCAUGCGACCUUUCGAGUCCUGUUGUAGAGGUCGAGUCACUAAGUGCCCUGGCGCGGAGCUUCCCAGGCUUCGUUGACGGGGAGAAUGAGCUUGACACCCUGUGAGUGAUCGCCAGAUAUGGAGCUCGUCGCAGCCAGUCUCACACAGCCUGCGCGUUCAAGUCCUGGCUGGAACUGGAACAGAUGGUUUCCAGUAUCAAAACACUCAUGUCACUUGUCAGAGACGCCAUUGCCGUUUGUUGCUCAAUCACGGGGCUACCCGCAUGGGCCCUGAUGCUCCCUGAUCGGGACGUUGCAUCGCGCGGCAACACAGCCUAGAUGGAGCGC